AUGGCUCGGAUUGACUACGCACCAGGUGGCCUGAACCCACCACACACCCACCCAAGAGCCACCGAGAUAGUGUUUGUGUUGACCGGAGAACUGGAUGUGGGUUUCAUAACUACAGCAAACAAACUAUUCACCAAGACAAUCAAGAUGGGUGAAGUGUUUACGUUCCCUAGAGGCUUAAUUCACUUCCAGAUUAACAAUGGAAAGGUUCCUGCAGCGGUGAUUGCAGGUUUCAACAGCCAGCUGCCGGGUACCCAAAGGGCGGCAGACACUUUGUUCGGGUCAUCUCCUCCGGUGGAAGAUGUUGUGUUGACUAAGGCAUUCCAAAUUGGAACCAAAGAGGUGCAGAAAAUCAAGUCCAGGUUUGCUCCUAUGAACAUGAAGUAA